ACAAACCUAGAAUCAAGAAUAUGGCGGGAGUACUAUGACGAAUUUGAACUUGAGUCAAGUCCUUUAUGCAUUCAAUGGAAUAGAAUUGGCAUUACCUGCGGCUGCGAAGACGGCGGUGUGUAUCACUACGAUGACCGAUGCAGAUCAAACAGACCUGUGCUAAUGUUUGAUGGACACUGCAUGCCAGUCGUUUCCUGUCGAUACAAUAAAGCUCGAGACCUUCUUGCAACCGGCGAUUUGCAAGGGGACCUGAUGAUCUGGGAUAUGAGACAACCGAAAAUCCCAGCCAACAGUUUCAAAGAGGCCCAUAAGGGAAGGAUUUCGGGGAUGUCUUGGUGUCCAUGGCAACCGGAUCUCUUGGCAACCGGAAAUACCCGGCAUCAGCCAACAUUGAAGUUCUGGAACCUCCUCACUGGACUCAAGAGUAGAGAGCGACGCGUAUCUCACGAGGUUACCUCUGUUCAAUGGCUCGAGAGUGAACAGGAACUUAUUUCAAGUCAUAAGAGUACUCCAGAAGCUAUUGUUUUCUGGAACUAUCCUUCGCUGGAACGCUGCGGCACCUUGACAAAUGAUGAUGAUGAAACGAAUAGCACAGGACUAGUCAGCGUCAAGAAAUCAUAUCAAAUGAUUGCCACAUCGGAAGAAAGUGAUUCAAUUUACGUCUGGGAUUUAGAACAGACCAGGGAAUCCAUGACGUCACAUAGGGGACAACCUUCCACCGUUCUUUCCAGGAGACGAUCGCUUAUUCAACUGGGACUGAUGAGAUGAGACAUUAUGGAAACGUUGUUUUCUCAUUUCAACGUAUACGUCGUUCUGUCACCGAAUGUAAGCAUGAAGGUCCUAUCCCAUAUACAAGCCAACAAGUGAAAAAUGGGGCAAGGUAUACUGGGACACAAUGGGAUCUAAGUAAAGGCAAAUUAAUUGACGAAGCUUUGAUUAGCUAAAUUAAGUAAAUAACCCCCAUCCUAUACCCCCAAAUAUUGUUCAUGUUAAUUUGCAUGCCCCAUUUAUAUAAUGAUAAAAAAAUAAUAUACAGCAGUUAUGUAGCGUUUAAGAGAAAUGUUUCUAAGCGUUGCAUAUACUUCCCCGGCUGCAUCACCGACGACCCUGAUCGGACGCUCGAGCAUUCAAGGAUGGUAUCCCUUUACUACACCUGGGUGGA